GAAACCCAUUACAUGCAUGCCCCAAAAGACACUGCUGGGGUGAAGUUACCAAGGAAGUCAAACCUUAACAGACUUCCUGGAAGGAUUUGAGAUUUUUCGUUCAUCUGCUUCCCUAGUUCACUGACACGCUUUCAGCCAGGAACGCUUUCAACCCGAGAACAAGGCCUGGAAACUGAGAGCUCCCUUUAGCCUUAAAUAGUCCCAGAUAUCAUGUUUAAAAUGGAAAAACAUGUUUGCUGUACAUUUUUCUUUCAAAACUGCACAAUUCAGUAUUGGCUUGGGCUUAAAUUCAUUCAUCACGUUUUUCACUGAGAGGGAAGUUUGACUUUCCGUCUUUCAGGUAAUGGAGUUUCUCAACAAGAUGGCCGGUAAGGAAUACAUCGGAUUCAGCAACGCCACGUUUCAGUCAGAGAAAGAGACGGGAGACAGGAAUUUUGCUAUCGGAUACUACCUGAAAGAGAAGAAGUGUUUUCCCAGUGGGGCUGACAUGAUUGCUGCGCUGGACUUCUACUUCCAGCUGUGCUCCAUUGAAGUGACCUGUGAGUCAGGCAGUGUGAUGGCCGCCACGCUGGCAAACGGAGGGAUCUGUCCAAUCACAGGAGAGCGGGUCCUUACCGCCGAGGCAGUGCGCAACACCCUGAGUCUCAUGCACUCCUGUGGGAUGUACGACUACUCGGGACAAUUCGCUUUCCACGUGGGUCUCCCUGCCAAGUCUGGUGUCUCGGGGGCGGUGCUCCUGGUAGUACCCAAUGUGAUGGGGGUGAUGUGCUGGUCGCCCCUUGUGGACAGAGUGGGGAACAGCGUGCGGGGAAUUCACUUCUGUCAGGAGCUGGUCUCUCUCUUUAAUUUCCACAACUAUGACAACCUGCAUCACUUCACCAAGAAACUGGAUCCCCGUCGGCAGCCGGGCGAUGCCAGGAAUAAGUCUGUCGUGAAUUUGCUGUUUGCUGCUUACAGUGGGGACGUGUCAGCUUUGAGAAGGUUUGCCCUCUCAAUGAUGGACAUGGAGCAGAAAGACUAUGAUUCCCGCACUGCCCUGCAUGUGGCGUCUUCAGAGGGUCAUGUGGAGGUCGUGCGGUUCUUGGUGGAGGAAUGCAAGGUCAACCCGUUCAUGAAAGACAGGUGGGAUAACAGCCCCCUGGAUAAUGCUGUGCAGUUUGGUCACCAGGAGGUUGUAAAGAUCCUGCAGGAGUAUCAGACCAGCUUCGUCCUGGUGGAGCCCGGUUCCGAGCUGGAGGACCUGGGCAAGCUGGAGACCCUGGAGAGCAUGGUGUGAGCUGGCUGGGGCCCGGCAGAGCCCUGACUCGAGAGCCCGGUGAGACUGUCCCAGGACACUGCCGCAGCCAGCCGGAGAGUCAAGUACUCCCCGAGACUCGAAACCAGGCGUUAGUCUAAACCGUGUGUUUAUUGUUCCUGGGUUGUCCUUCGUCUCGAGCUCUCUGUAAAAGCUCUAGCCUGUUAUUUUAAGUUAAGUUGUUUCUCACUCCCAUAAGAGCCUUUGGUAUGUGGCUAAUUUUGAAUUGUACCACGACCUGAGAAAUUAUCUUUUACACGCUGCACAGUUCUCUUUAUGUAUUGAAAAGACAUGGUGUUUCCUAAUCAGAAUUUCCAAUGAACUGCUAGGCUGAAACUUUGAACUGUUUGAUGGUUAAACAGCGGCAGUGUUAGAGAACACCUUUAGCGUUUCCAACAAACACACGCCUCACCAUUGCUGUCUCCGGAGCUCAACCUAUUGCUGAAGUGUCUCUUUCAGCCUCAAAUCCAUUGUUCUGUUCAUUUUUAUUAAAUCAAUUCAGAACAUUUCCUCAGAGACGUCUCUGUAAUAAUGAAUUAUAUGUAGAUUAUAUCAUUAUAGUAUUAUAAAAUGACAUGUAAAAAUUGUUAUUAUAUGUUUUAUGGUUAUUGUUGUUUUUUUUUGUUUGUUUCUUAAUUAGACAACUACGAUUCAUUUUCGUUAAAAGCCGUCGAUUCUUUGCUGUACAAAGGGACACCAUUGCAAGCAAGUUGCUUUGCAUUUAGGGAAAUGUAAUAUAGAUGCUUCAGUCUCUCUUAACAGUGGUCACAUUCGCACCAUGAGAAUCGUCAUACUAUUCGACUCUGAUACUCUGUCUUCACGUACGGAAAUUCACCAGGGUCAGAAACGCACAUGUUGAUUUGGACCAAUCAAAAUACA